AUGGGCUUCAGCUUCUCGAAACUCUUUGAUUUCUUUGGCAAAAAGGAGAUGCGUAUCUUGAUGGUCGGUCUCGAUGCUGCCGGCAAGACCACCAUCUUGUACAAACUCAAGCUUGGCGAAAUUGUCACCACCAUUCCUACCAUUGGUUUCAACGUGGAGACUGUUGAAUACAAGAACAUUUCCUUCACCGUUUGGGAUGUUGGAGGACAAGAUAAGAUUCGACCUCUCUGGCGUCACUACUUCCAGAACACUCAAGGCAUUAUCUUUGUGGUGGAUUCCAAUGAUCGUGAUCGUGUCUCUGAAGCACGUGAUGAGUUGCAACGAAUGCUCAACGAAGACGAGUUACGCGACGCCUUGUUGCUUGUGUUUGCCAACAAGCAGGAUUUGCCUAAUGCUAUGAAUGCUGCUGAGAUCACCGACAAGCUGGGUCUUCACUCACUGCGUAACAGACAUUGGUACAUUCAGACAACAUGCGCUACAAGCGGUGAUGGUCUUUACGAAGGUCUUGAGUGGCUUUCCAAUAACCUCAAGAACCGGGCUUAG